AGGAGACAAGUGAACACAAAUCGGAUGCGCCCGGUAUCAACAGGUUUGUAGGCUUGGUGUGGCUGCACUGCGCAUGUGCGUCACUGAGCUCUUUUCGGAAGGAAAAUCGGUAUUUACCAGGAGGUCCAGAUAAAAGAAAAAACAACCAUAAAGGAAACAUGUCCGGAUUCUUGGAUGGGAUCCGCUGCGGGGACUGUGAAUGCAAUGUGGACUGGGGUGAAAGACGAAACACCAUCGCAUCAGUAGCUGCUGGCGUCUUGUUUUUCACAGGUUGGUGGAUCAUAAUUGAUGCAGCUGUAAAGUACCCAGAUGAGGGGGAAUUUCACCAUGCUUAUCACACAUGUGGAGUCAUAGCUACAGUGGCCUUUCUAAUGAUCAAUGCUGUUUCGAAUGGUCAAGUGAGGGGUGACAGCUAUAGUGAUGGUUGCAUAGGACAGACAGGUGCUCGUGUGUGGCUCUUCAUUGGUUUCAUGUUGGCUUUUGGUUCACUCAUUGCAUCCAUGUGGAUUCUGUUUGGAGGAUUUGUAGUGCCUCAAAAGCCCGUUGUCUAUCCUGGCAUUGCCAUUUUCUUUCAAAACGCUUUCAUUUUCUUUGGGGGUUUGGUUUUCAAAUUUGGACGCACAGAAGACCUGUGGCAGUAACAUACAAAAGGUUUUAAUGUUAAUGCCGACUUAUGUGAGACAUCAUGCCUUAGAUCUAAUUCACAUUUAUUCAGCAUUACUCUCUCACUGUGUAUUAUUUAUAUUUUCUUGUUGUGUUAUUAGACUGACAUGCCCUGCAGUUAUAUUUGCAUAUAAUAUUCAUGCUAUGAAAUACUCUCAUCGUGUGUCUAUGGGGAAAUAUUUUAUUGCAGUGCAAAAUUCAAUUAAAAUAAUUAUUUUCUAACAUGUAUGCUAAAGUGAAUUUAUCUCCUAAAAUAACACUAUUCUAAAGCUUAUAUGGGAAACAGGCAUCACAACAAUGUAAAGAAUUUAAAUGUAUGGAAUUGUUUGUCUACUUUUGAGUACAAUAUCCAUCUAUCCAUUUGUUUGUUUUUCACAACAAUAAAUGACAUUACA